AUGAGUCAUGAAGUGAAGUGUUUAGAGGAUAAUCAAAUGGUAUUAAAGAAAUCUAAGCAUUGUUCAGAAAAGAAGAAACUCGAAGAGAAAUAUUUUUCCCAAUUAGAGAAAGACAAAGUUCAUAAUGAUAUUGAAAAUGCUGCAUUGAAACAAGAUUUGGAUAUGGAAAAAAGAUCACAUGAAGAACAUGUUUUGCAGUUGGAUUUGCAAGCUUCUGAAUCUAAAGCGGUCAUAAAAUCUGUCAAAGAUGAAGUGAUAAAAGCAAAAAGAAGCUACUCGGAGGAAUACAAGUAUUUUGGAAUCAAGCUCAAAGGUCUAGCCGAGGCUGCUGAUGAUUAUCAUGUUCUUCUAACAGAAAAUAGGAAAUUAUAUAAUGAAGUUCAAGAUUUGAAAGGAAAUAUCAGGGUAUAUUGUCAAAUUAGACCAUUUCUUUCUGGGCAAAGUCAGAAGCAUACAACGGUUGAGUUUAUUGGUGAAAAUGGAGAACUAAUUAUUAGCAAUCCUCUUAAACAAGGAAACAGAAACCAGUAUAAAAAAAUUACAAAAAAAAACAUAAUAGAACUUUCACGAAUUUCCUAA